CCAGUUUCAUAGAUCUAAGGAUUCGGAUCUAGGGCCUAUACGCCUACGGCUACGGUAUAAUGUUUGGAGAAUUCCAGAACAUGUAGAAUUCCUUCAACGAUGACCAGACUCUGUGAUUCGAGUUGAAGAUUGAUGGACAAGCAGUAGUAACAGCAACAAUACAACUGGUGCAAAUCCAUAUAUCAACAAAAGGGUACAGAACAUACCUAGACACUCUUGUGCUGGCCUUACAUUCUGGAGUUGGAAUGGAUGGGGCAACUGAGGUGAAGGAGAAACUGUUCAAAGUUAUCAUUGUUGGAGACUCUCUAGUUGGGAAAACUACUUUUGUUCACAGAUAUGUGAGUGGCAAGUUCGAUCCUGGAUUCAAGACAACCGUCGGAGUUGAUUUUGCCCUGAAGAAGAUUGAGAGAUCCAAGCAAGACAUUGUCAGGCUCCAGUUAUGGGAUAUUGCAGGUCAGGAGAGAGUGAGCUCAUUGACGAGAGUCUACUAUAAAGAUGCCUCAGCAUGCGUUAUCAUGUUUGAUGUCACGCAACGCAAGACAUUCAACAAUGUCAUGAAUUGGAAGAGUGAUGUGGAGAAAAAAGUGGCAUUAUCGAACGGAAGCCCUGUUCCCUGCCUUUUACUUGCCAAUAAGAUUGAUCUACCAUCACCCAAUGUCAAAGAAGAGGAGAUCAAAGAAUUAUGUAACAACAAUAACUUCAUUGGAUGGAACAAGAUCUCAGUCAAAGACAACACUAACAUUGAACAAUCCAUGAACUUUCUUGUGGAGGAAAUGCUUGUGCAGACAUCCAUGGCAAGAGAAUCAUCUUACCCAGAGGGGCGAUUAGACAGUGAUGGUAGGAUACUCCUUCAACCUGAGAACAACAAGUCUAGGAUAUCAUGCUGUUCUUAGAACAUGAUGCAUGUACUGCUUGUAAGUGUCGGCUUGCAUAGUGAUGUAGAUAUACAGUAGGCUAAGUCCGCAACCCGGAGACUCCAGCCCAGACGGACAGUCAGACGAACAAGCCGACCAUCCAUGUCCACUCCCCGAUGACUCAAGCCCACACGGUCACCUAUUUUUCCCUGACGUCCGCACCCCGGUGACUUAAGCUCACGCACGCCAGCUAUUCUCCACUCCUGACGACGGAUAGUCAACCUGUUUGAAAGUCGAGCCACUCAUC